AUGGGGGACACAGACACAACUGCACUUCAACUUGGAUCUGGCGCAGGUGAGAUCGUCACCACAAUCGCGACACCCACUUAUCCGGCAGGUGAGGAAACAGACGGUCGCAGUAACAUAAACGGACCCGACGAAGGUGCCGACGUCACUGCCACUUAUCCGGCAGGUGAGAACACAGGCCGUCACGGGGUCGUAAAGAAGAUUGCCAGCCUAGGACGAGAACUAAGGUCCAUGCGAACACGUGCGAUGAGGGCUAGCGCCCGAACGCCGGCCCCCGACGAGAGGUAAACCCGUUGAAAGGAGACCAUCACCACCUAUAAAUACUGUGAGGCGUGGUACAUCACUCACCUCCGACGAUGAAAGCUUGUUUGCUUUUGAAACCUCAGGGCAAUACAACUAUGGUUCCCGAGAUCGUCUCUUCUCCUUCUCAUUUAUGUCCGGGGACGCGCAUCUUCGCUUCUAUCAGUUAUAGUUGUGUGCACCAUCAGUCUUAAACGACGUCGAUAUUCUACUCAAGCCUCUUAAAGCGUGGAGUUAGAACCUUCCCAGUGGGCAAACAACAGUAAUCAACCGAAUACUGGCUCCUAUUCCAAUUAUAUAAAGCAGUCAGUAGCAAGAAUGCUAAGGAUGACUGAUUCGUGGAGCUUCCUGAAAGACAGCCCUCGAAAACGGAAGAAAGAGAAGGAGAGGGAGGCAUGAGAAUUCGCACCAGGGUUCAAAAAUGGCGAAAAAAACAAUCGCUGGAUGCAAUGAGAUGCCUUUUGAAUAGCCCCUGGACUUCUCAGUGCCCUCGAUUCCAAUUCACGCCUCAAAAUGCUUGCUACGGUGCAAAAGUGCCUCCGGUAGAUGCAGGCUGAGUGCAACAAAGUCUGAUUACGUCAACGCAACUUGCACACGUCGGAGAGCGCAGACUCCAAUGUACAUGUAGGUGGCCUGCAUUGCGCGCUAAAGGCAAAGAAAAGGCAACCUGCGUGUCGCCUGUCAUGGAGUGACUCAACAAAACCUUCGAUUGUUCCCCUCAGUUCAAAAAAACCUUAAUAAGCGAUUAACAGAGCAUGUUGUUUGUAAACUGACGGUGCACAACGAUGACAGAUAACAUGCUGUUGCCACCAUAGUUCAGGAUUAACAGCUUACCCCCCCCUUUUGUUGCGCUCAUAAUAGACUUUAAAAACGCUUACCUGUGGCAGCUGCUUUCAUGCUCUUAAGGGGUCAUCGAUGCAACCUUGCAAAAUGGAGCAUUAUUGAAGCACCUGAACCUUGUCACCCAGACUGUCACAAGCGUGCUUGCUUUGACUGAGGUCGGGAGGAUCGACACAAGCGCGAAGAAUUGGGGAAUUCUGGAUUUAGCGUUAAAUUCUUCUGUCGAGUACGCUUUAUCAGGUGUUCCAGUGUUAUAUUGUGGAAUAUGCGGUGACAUGGUCCUAAUCAGUAACAAAAUCGUGCUGCCCUGACCGACAGUACCGUCCUGCAGGAACCCUUUUCGUUAGUCUGCCAGUUCGACCGUCUUGACUGACGGCGUCCGCCACGCCUGCCCACAGCAGGUGCGGUGACUUGUAGGCGAAUGCGAUUAUAGUAGUUGUGGACUUGCACAGCAUCCACCGCACUCUCUCCUCCCCCCACCUGAGCCCAUUGUCACGACAGUCAAGAAGACGAGAGAGGGCGCAGGUGGCUGACACGACCGGACCCGCACCUAGGCGUACCACCACGCCCCUUCGCUAGCCUAUACUGCUAUUCACACGCAUGCUGGUCAUUCAUUCGCACGACUAAAUAGGCGGGUUAUCUGCACCGAAGUUGCCUGGUCGGCAACCCCAAUGUGUCUUGAAUGUAAGGAUAUUCUACCAUUGCAUAAAAUGAUUUGACAGACGUUUUUGUUAGCCCCGAACUUCUAACAGCAAGACUGGUUUAACCAGUACACAAUGAAAAGUAUGGGAACCCGAGCUCCAGCAAUUUCUUACUUGCGCAAGUAUCUCCGAUACCUUCUCAAUAGCACUGAACUGAUCGUCUCAGAGGAUGUUGGGCUACAUGCGAAGAAGUGUUGUUGUGAUCGUCGCUGAACGUUGGGCAACCAGCAGGGCGUUUACUCGUAAUACGUCUCUUAACUACUGUUGGCCUCAGGUACUCGUCACCACACAUUGGCGGUAUUUGCUUGUCGGCUGCCCAGACUACCGUCUGGAUAUGCGCUCAGCCUGUCCUACGAUCUGCAAGUCCAAUCAACUUACCAGGAGUCGCCACUACAUCCACAGAUUUACUGACUAACGUGACCCUGACGGUGGCCUGAACUACGCAAAACACACAUCUACCUUUGUUUCCACAUGCAGACAGCAUCUGUAUCCCUUUGGCUAGAAUAAGAACUGUUCCUGCGAUAGUUUCCUUCUGACUUUGAAACGUGAUAUUGGGAUGAUUAGAUCCUCGCAGGCAACGGGAUCCAUAAUUGACUCCCAAGGAGCGUUCAUACUGGCGCAUACUGGCGUCGCAUCCACCUCUUUCUAUUCCGAGGACAGACAAAAUCAAAACGACAAGAAUUGAGCCUGGUGAGGAUAAAUGGCCUAUUUGCGCGUGCCACAGAUGGCAUUGCGCCGGACUUCAUUUCAAAUGCGUCCCAGAUUUCGCACAUUUGAGUAUCUUAAGGGUAUCAUUAAGAACUAGUCAUUGCGGCCUGAUCCCCAGUGCUGAGGAGGAUCGACUUGUCCCAUUAGUUGACAACCUUCCAAAUCACAGGUGUUAACUCUCCGUGAUAAUCUCAAUGCAAACUCGAUUGUUUAUAGGUGGAACUAAGUGCUGGGUCCAAGCUAGAUCGAAUUUACUCUCUCUCUCUCCUCUUCCCCGUGUACCAGUAGCCUGUCUGAGUGAAGCCGACUAGGAAGGAGAAUGGGGUGCCUUGGUUGACCUGACGUUUGCCUUCUGUCUGAGUAGGAGCAGUUGAGGCUUCACGCUAAUUAGGCGUAGAUCGGCAAAGGCAUGUCACGGACACAAUGGCAAGGGAGGCAAGAAAGACGCGAUACCAUAAAAUUUAGCUUCUUAUUCCAACGAAGUAACCAAUUUUUGAACGUUCAUGUUCAUUUUUCAAAGUCCAGUCAAGGUACGGCGCGUUACGAGAUUACAACGGACCAGUCAUGGGUAGGUUCAGUGAUCAAUGACCUUUCUCAAAUUCGACUAUGAAUACGCCCGUAAAAGUGACGAAGAGCUAGUCAAUGCAUAUAUUUCUUGUUAUAGUCUACGGUGGAGAGGAGCUGUGAGUAACGGCGUGUGUGUGCGUGUGUAUUUGUGGGGUGUAGGGGUGUCCAGUUGUGGAUUCACCUGACGGUCCUCACUUGUUUGCAGGUGCAGACUACGUCUGGUGUCCAUUGACUGGUACAUAACUCUCACAUGCGGUUUCGGGAAACCAGGCUAUGCCUAGCGCCCACACCCCGGUAACCGCCUCGACUGACGGGCUAAACCAGGUGAGGAUAUCCGGGUACCCGUGUGUGCAUCACCGCACACGGUAACUCGACUGCGCUCCCACCACCGCCGGCCGGAUGGAUCACCGCCUCGGCAUCUCCGAGAUGAGGCUUCGUCGGCAACCCUGCAGGAGGACACAAGCACUCAGCAAGCUACUGACCCUCUUACCUCCCCUUCGCACCUAUUCUCCGACCUUCUCGUCUGCCAUUUCACUCUCUCUACUUAACUUUACUCUCAUACCACACGGCCGAAAGUCCCACGGAUCACUACAUCGCCACCUCCAAAAUGAAGCUUCGUUUACAACCUUCCAAGAAGUCACAAGGUAAGCAACCUCCCAGGUAAGCUAAGUAUUGCCUUGUUGUCUAUGCUUUUUGUUUGUUUUUGUCUGUUUGUCCUUGUUGUAGGCUAAAUACCGAUCUUUUGAAUUCGUUUGAUCACCAUUUAUAUUUCAGCAGUCGGUCAACUUAGAGUGGGACAUGGAACUCUGCUUCCCGUCUCUCUACCCUUCCCCCAUCAUCUCUCCUCCCCCCACUCAAAAAGUCCUACGGCGAGAGCGACAGCGAUCACGUAGGCAGCCCAGGCUAACUCACGUCGUUCUCCCACGAAACAAAGUCUUGGCCCAUAGUAGAGUCCGAAAGCCGUUUGGGAUGUCUGAACAACUCUAUUUAGUGAGCAUUGCUCACCCCCACAAGGGGGAGGGGGAUGGGAAAGGUGCCCUAAACAAAUGCUGGAGAACCAUACCGUCUGCCGGCUGGCCGUGGCUUGCAAAAGAAAAACACACAGUCGAAACAACUAAACACGAAGCAAUACUCUCUCUUCCCCCCCCUCCUCCUCCUCCUCCUCCCCCUCCUCCUCCUCCUCCUCGUCCUCACCGCCGCCCCACUUGCCAGACUGGUAAGGUGAGUCCGCUCAUUCUGGCAGCCUGGAAUGUUCGUUCCCUUUUAGACAAUCUGAGGAGCAACCGACCGGAACGGAGGACGGCGCUAGGGGCCCACGAACUCGCGCGCUACAAGGUGGACAUCGCCGCACUCAGCGAGACCCGGCUCUCCGAACAAGGACAACUGGAGGAGGUGGGUGCCGGCUGCCCCUUCUUCUGGAGCGGUCACCCAAGGCAGAGCGACAAGACGCGGGUGUCGCCUUUGCCAUCCGAAACGACAUCAUGAGACGACUGCCCUGUCUGCAGCAGGACAUAAACGAUCGCCUGAUUAGCCUCAGUCUGCCCCUCCGAGGAGGCGAAUUCGACACCAUCAUCAGCGUCUACGCCUUCCUCCCCCAGAUGACAUCCCUGACACUACAAGAGACAAAUUCUGCGAGGACCUGCACACCCUCCUGGCGACUGUGUCUAAGGCGGACAAGGUGAUUGUCCUUGGUGACUUCAACGCCCGCGUCGACACAGACCAUGCUGCCUGGAGAGGAGUGCUGGAUCCCUAUGGUCUCCGCGGCUCCAACGACAACGGCCUGCUGCUUCUCCGCACCUGUGCAGAACACCGCCUCAUCCUGACGAACACGUUCUUCUGUCUGCCGGAGCGAGAUAAGGCCACCUGGAGGCAUCCUCGGUCGCGUCAAUGGCACCUGCUGGACUAUGUCCUCGUCCGGAGGCGAGAUCAGCGGGACGUGCUGGUGACAAAGGCGAUCGCGGGUGCCGACAGGUGGACUGACCAUCGCCUCGUCAUCUCGAAGAUGCGUAUUCGCCUACAGCCUCGCAGGCGACCACAAGGUAAGCGACCCCCAGGUAAACUGAAUAUUGUCUUGUUGUCUUCGUUCGCUCACCAUCUUCAUUUCAGCAAUGAGCUAGCUCAACGGCUAGCCAACCUUCCAUUCGUUCUUGCCGACACUGACGAGGACACCUUCGUGGAGAACCGAUUGUGUCAACUGCGAGACACAGUCCAGUCGACAGCGCUGGCCGUCCUCGGUCGCGCACGUGGACAACACCAGGACCGGUUCGACGACAACGACGCCGUUAUCAGCAACCUGCUCGCCGAGGAGAACCAGAUUCACAAAGCCUUAGCCAAUCGCUCUACUGACGACAACAAAGCAGCCUUCUACCGUAGUCGUCGCUCUGAGAGAGAUGCAGGACGCAGGGGCUGCUCGCAAAGCUGA